UUAUUUUUCUUUCUUCUAGCUCCGUUUGACGCCGUUUUCUGCCAACACACUGCCGCCCGUCUGCUUCAUCAGCAGCUGUAACCUGUGAACCAAAACAUGCGGAGAAAACGUUAAUUUUAAACGUUUGUUUCAUGUCGACAUGUAACGGCGGGAGACUCCAGAAGCCUCAUUGCUGCUGCGAGACAGCAGUGCUCUGACUUUGAGUCCGUGCUCACAGAUUUGUUGAGUGGCUCAGAUCCCCAAAAAGUCCUCAGCUGCCGUCUUUCUGCUGACUGCUUCCCCCUCAGAGAAGAUGUUGAGAAGUGCCUCAGCACAGAUCUUCAGACAGGUGGUGCGAUACAGGAGCACUGACGCUAGCCUCAUCCUGGAGAGAUCGAUAAACCGGGUGCAGCUGUUGGGCCGAGUGGGUCAGGACCCAGUGAUGAGACAAGUGGAGGGUCGUAACCCUGUUACCAUCUUCUCGUUAGCAACCAAUGAAAUGUGGCGCUCUGGAGACCCAGAGAUGAGCACAACAGGUGACAUCAGUCAGAAGACGACGUGGCAUCGCGUGUCGGUGUUCAAACCCGGUCUGAGAGACGUGGCCUACCAGUACGUCAAGAAAGGGUCCAGGAUUCUAGUGGAGGGGAAACUGGACUACGGAGAGUAUGUGGACAAGAACCAAGUCAGACGCCAGGCCACCACAAUCAUCGCAGACAACAUCAUCUUCCUCAGCGACAACGUUCGAGACAGACCCUGAAGGACUUUUCUCUUCGUCUCCAAGCAAAAACAAGUCAACUUCUUUUUGUAUUUUCUCAUUUAUACAAAAAUAAGUCUGAGGACCUGAACACCACCAAGUAAAGGAACUGACUUACUGAUGAGAAGGGGGACAGAAUAUGCUGUGACACUCUGUGGUCAUGUUUGACUGUGAUGCCUCCUGCAGACCUUAAGGCAUGAAGAGAAGCUGACAGACUUGUGUAGUAUAAAUACACUUGCUCAUUAUGAUUUUUGAUAGUGCUACUUGUACAUAACAGUUGCAAAGAUAGUUUGUGUUUUUUUUUUUUUUUUGCAUAUACCCAAGUUUUGUGUGUGAGAGAGUAAUGUUGGAAGCAAGAUCUGAAAUAUUAUAAUACAGUGGAAAAAAUGUUGCGGCGUUGAAGUCCGUACAAGUUGUUGUCGAAGUUGUAGCUUUGUUAAGAGCAACUCUUAAUCGUGCUGAAGAUCACAGACAACCGUUAUUUGGUUUUUCUUUGGUGGCCAGAUGUCGCCUGUAAAACAACUUCUCAAGCUCCCUCAUAUGUUAAGACUUAUUGUUAAUUUUAGCCAGCAUAUUAAACUUUUCACAUUAUAUUCCCCCCCCCCAUGUCUUUUUAUUUUAAAGUUAUCAUAAAUGCAUCAAAGUCAGAGCAAAAUUAGCUCUUUAUGUCACAUAAUUGCUGCCCAAUAAUAAUUUUGUAAGCUGUCUUUUUCUAGAUAAACUAAAGGAUUCAACUUCUUAAAAUAACAACCUGUUUAGAACAAAAACCCAAAACAUUGGAUUAUCUGAAAAAUGUGUCAUCGUAAAGCUGAAAACAGGGCUGUUUCCUAUAGUUCAUGAAAAGUUGACACUCAAAAAAAAAAAAAAAGGUGUUUUGUUUUACAGGACUGUCUAUAUUUAAUAUUCAGCACCCAACUUAAACAACCAAACUAUGACCAACAGCACUCUUAUACCAACACCAAAAUGUCUCCUCCUAACUCUUAAAGAAAGGCUCACCCGAAGCACAGCCAAGGGAGGUCGACAAUUUAUUAUUAUAAUUUUGUGGAGUUAAAUUUUAACAUCUCAUCUGCAAGAAUAAAGCUUGUAAUAACCACAAGUGAUGAUACUCUACUCAACACGUGGAACUGUGCGCUUGGCUGAUCUGAGAGCGCUGCUGUAAAGGAAGCACACUGUUAGCAUCUCAAGUGCUGCACUGAUGUUGUAACAUGCUACUCAGAAGUUUGUGGACACGUGUGAGAUAAAGUAACAUUUGGUCAUGUGAAGAGGGCUUUUAAAGGAUAAACGAAGAGCUUGUUAGAGGAUAAAACCUGUCAAUAUUCAGCAUUUACCUAAGUGUUCACAAAUCCCAUAAAGAGAAAAACCAACAGUGUUAUGUAGCUGUCUGACUGACCUCUGUGCCAAAAGUCAGCUGUCUUUCACUUCUCUUCAUGCAAAUGUCAUGAACUGGAGAGAAAUGUGUAGAUUACUCAAACACUUCAGUGUAAAAAAGACAAGAGACCAGCAUGCAAAGUUGGAGGCGGCACGUUCAAUUAAAUUCACAAUUUCUUUUCUGUUUCUGCUGCAUUUUGUUGUUCUGUUCACAACCCUGAAUUGUGCAUAGUAAUAACUGAACAUUACUGUGUGUAUUUGAUAUAUUUUAAAAUUUUAUCUACUCUUGUUUUCUGCUCUGUCAUUCUCUUGUCAGUUGUCAGUGUUUCAUUUCCUUCCUCCUCAGUGACUGGUUGGUUUCAGCUCACCACUGGUUCAUUUCUCUGUAACUGUUUGCUGUAAUAGACCUUUUUCCAGAA